AUGUCGCCCACCGAGAACGAACCGCCAAGAAAACCGAUCAGAUCACCACCACUACCACUUCCACCACCAUGCCUCAGAUCAGCCAAUCUAUCAUUCUCUUCGCAACGCUCGCCCUUCUCCCCGCGACCAUCUCCGCCGACUGCGCUUCGUUCAAAGGCCUCGGACAAAAAGUCACAUGGCACGCCAACAACGAACGGCUUAGGCUACACGGGAAGCAAAGACAUUGAUCUUUGCGGCUGUCUGGACGGGCUUGUCAAUAUUGGACAAUGUAUUAUCGAAUACGCUUCUCCUGAUGGGCAGUCUGUCUGGGGUUAUAUGACAUAUUGCAACCAGGGAAAGACUCAGUUGGAGUCGGGCACUUCGAUUUGUCUGGGUGGUGCUGCUGGGGAGGGGUGGGUUUUGUCUGCGUGA